AUGCAUCUUGGUGGUGGCUAUCUGUUUGGCUUGCCGGUAGGUUUUGUGGCUGAUUCUAUUGGUGCUACUAUUGGUGCAGCUUCGGCAUUUCUUCUUGGCAGAACAAUUGGGAGGUCUUUUGUUACUUCCAAGCUGAAGGAUUAUCCACAGUUUCAGGCAGUUGCUAUUGCUAUCCGUAGAUCAGGCUUUAAGAUUGUGUUGCUGCUUCGACUUGUUCCCUUACUUCCAUUCAAUAUGUUGAAUUACCUCUUAUCCGUGACUCCAGUUCCAUUUGGAGAGUACGUGCUGGCUUCAUGGUUGGGAAUGAUGCCCAUAACUUUUGCAUUGGUAUAUGCUGGAACAACUUUAAAGGAUCUUUCUGAUGUAACACAUGGAUGGCAUGAGUUUUCAAAAACUCGUUGGGCUUUAAUUGUAACAGGCUUUGCAACAUCUGUUGUUCUACUGGUUUGUGUUACCAGAGUUGCCAAGUCUGCUCUAGAGAAAGCCCUAGCUGAAAAUGAAGAUAUAGAUAGCAUCAUUGCCUCACCGGAGCUACCCAUUGUGGCUAAUCCAGGGGCAGAUCUUCAGCAGCCACUCAUGAUCAAGAUUGACCGCCCUGAAGAUGAUCAUGAAAAAUGA